AGACCGGGGAGCAGGGGGGGCAGUGCCCGGCUGAGUCGGCGGCCCGAAUUCCUUCCUUUUUUCCGAGCCCUUGGGCACAGGGUCUCUGGUUUGGGGGUGGGGGACGCGUUUUCAGCCCCAGCGUUUUUCUCGUUUAGAAAAUUCACGGAGCGUUUCCCCAGGAUGAUGGCUUGUGCUGACCCUACGACUCAGUAGUUGCCUUUUUAAGUGUGUUACUGAUUCAUCCUCUUUCUCUCCCUCUGUCAUCACAGGUUUAAACUUAUACGAAUCAUUCUCUAGAGGAGGGGACGGACCGCCGCGCGAUUGACACGCAUAUUCCUAUAGGCAUCCUCCGUCAGCCCCCACCCCCACGGCCGGAUUCGGGUGGCUCCUCUCCGAGCUGAAAUCCGAGAAGAAAUCCUUGGAUCUCUUGUUUUCUUUAAAAAAGAAAAAAAAAAUCCAGAAGCUGUCGGUGUUUUUGUUGUACUGCUUCCUAUUCGCAAGAUGAAGAAGUUUUUCGACUCCCGGCGAGAGCAGGGCGGCUCUGGCCUGGGCUCCGGCUCCAGCGGAGGAGGGGGCAGCUCGUCGGGCCUGGGCAGUGGCUACAUCGGCAGGGUCUUUGGCAUUGGGCGGCAGCAGGUCACGGUGGACGAGGUGUUGGCGGAAGGUGGAUUUGCUAUCGUGUUUCUAGUAAGGACAAGCAACGGAAUGAAAUGUGCCUUGAAACGCAUGUUUGUCAACAAUGAGUAUGAUCUCCAAGUGUGCAAGAGAGAAAUCCAGAUAAUGAGGGACUUGUCGGGACACAAGAAUAUUGUGGGUUACAUUGAUUCUAGUAUCAACAAUGUGAGUAGUGGUGAUGUAUGGGAAGUGCUCAUUCUGAUGGACUUCUGUAGGGGAGGCCAGGUGGUCAACCUGAUGAACCAACGCCUGCAAACAGGCUUUACCGAGAACGAAGUGCUCCAGAUAUUUUGUGACACCUGUGAGGCUGUUGCUCGCCUCCAUCAGUGCAAAACUCCUAUUAUUCACCGUGACCUGAAGGUUGAAAAUAUCCUCUUGCAUGACCGAGGCCACUACGUCUUGUGUGACUUUGGAAGUGCCACCAACAAAUUCCAGAACCCACAAACUGAAGGAGUGAAUGCAGUAGAAGAUGAGAUUAAGAAAUACACAACGCUGUCCUAUCGAGCCCCAGAAAUGGUCAACCUGUACAGUGGCAAAAUCAUCACUACGAAGGCAGACAUUUGGGCUCUUGGAUGUUUAUUAUAUAAAUUAUGCUACUUCACUUUGCCAUUUGGGGAGAGUCAAGUGGCAAUAUGUGAUGGAAACUUCACAAUUCCUGAUAACUCUCGAUAUUCCCAAGACAUGCACUGCUUAAUUAGGUAUAUGUUGGAACCAGACCCUGACAAAAGGCCGGAUAUUUACCAGGUCUCCUACUUCUCAUUUAAACUACUCAAGAAAGAAUGCCCAAUUCCAAAUGUUCAGAACUCUCCCAUUCCUACAAAGCUUCCUGAGCCAGUGAAAGCCAGCGAGGCAGCUGCAAAGAAGACCCAGCCAAAGGCCAGACUGACAGACCCCAUUCCCACCACAGAGACUUCCAUUGCACCCCGCCAGAGGCCUAAAGCUGGGCAGACUCAGCCAAACCCAGGAAUCCUUCCUAUCCAGCCAGCCCUGACACCUCGAAAGAGAGCCACGGUUCAGCCCCCACCUCAGGCUGCAGGACCCAGCAAUCAGCCUGGUCUUUUAGCCAGUGUUCCCCAAUCAAAAACUCAGCCCCCACCCAGCCAACCUCUACCACAGUCCCAGCCCAAGCAGCCUCAGGCUCCACCCACCCCACAACAGACGCCUUCCACUCCUGCCCAGGGUCUGCCCUCUCAGGCCCAGGCCACACCCCAGCACCAGCAGCAACUCUUCCUCAAGCAGCAACAGCAGCAGCAGCAGCAGCAGCAGCAACAACAACAACAACCACCACCACCAUCACAGCAGCCAGCGGGCACAUUUUACCAGCAGCAGCAGCCACAGACACAGGCUCAACAGUUUCAGGCAGUACACCCAGCAACCCAGCAACCAGCAAUUGCCCAGUUCCCUGUGGUGUCCCAAGGAAGCUCUCAACAGCAGCUGAUACAGAACUUUUACCAGCAGCAGCAGCAGCAGCAGCAGCAGCAGCAGGCCACAAACCUGCAUCAGCAACAGCUGCUGACUCAGCAGGCUGCUGUGCAGCAGAAGCCUGCUGUAGCAGCCGGACAGCAGCCCCAGGCUCAGCCAGCCGCAGCCCCGCAGCAAUCCCCUGCCCAGGAGCCAGUGCAGAUACAAGCCCCAGUAAGACAACAGCCAACAGUUCAGACAACCCCACCUCCUACCGUCCAGGGACAGAAACUCGGAUCUCUCACUCCUCCGUCAUCCCCCAAGACCCAACGUGCUGGACACAGGCGGAUUCUCAGUGACGUAACCCACAGUGCAGUCUUUGGGGUCCCUGCCAGCAAAUCAACCCAGCUGCUCCAGGCAGCUGCAGCCGAGGCCAGUCUCAAUAAGUCCAAGGAUGGGAACUUACCUAGGUCUGCAACCACCACUCCAUCAGGCUCUCCUCGGACUUCCCAGCAAAACGUUUAUAAUCCUUCAGAAGGUUCUACGUGGAAUCCCUUUGAUGAUGACAAUUUCUCCAAACUCACAGCUGAAGAACUGCUAAAUAAGGACUUUGCCAAGCUGGGGGAAGGCAAACAUCCUGAGAAGCUUGGAGGCUCAGCUGAGAGUUUGAUCCCAGGCUUUCAAUCAACCCAAAGUGAUGCUUUUGCCUCUUCUUCGUUUUCUGCUGGAAAUGCUGAAAAAAAGAAGGGUGGGCAGACUGUGGAUUCUAGCCUCCCACUUCUAAGCGUAUCUGAUCCUUUCAUUCCUCUUCAAGUACCUGAUGCACCAGAAAAGCUAAUUGAGGGACUCAAAUCUCCUGACACUUCUCUUCUGCUCCCUGACCUCUUGCCUAUGACAGAUCCUUUUGGCAGCACUUCUGAUGCUGUAAUUGAAAAAGCUGAUGUUGCUGUUGAGAGUCUCAUACCAGGACUGGAGCCCCCAGUGCCCCAGCGCCUCCCAUCUCAGACGGAGUCUGUGACCUCGAACCGCACAGAUUCUCUCACCGGGGAAGAUUCCCUGAUCGAUUGCUCUCUGCUUUCUAACCCUACUACCGACCUUCUGGAAGAGUUUGCCCCCAUAGCGAUCUCUGCUCCAGCCCAUAAAGCUGCAGAAGAUAGUAAUCUCAUCUCAGGUUUUGAUGUCCCUGAGGGCUCGGACAAGGUGGCAGAAGAUGAGUUUGACCCUAUUCCUGUAUUGAUAACCAAAAACCCACAAGGUCUCCAGAGAGAGCCCAAUCCCUGUCCUGUAAUAACUGUAGAGCACUUUAAAGAAUCAACGGGCGUUAAAGGCCUUCCCCUCUAUCCAGACCCCUCCAGAGUACCUGACACAAAAACACAGAACAAUUUAGAAUCUGACUACUUGGCCAGAGAUGGCCCUUCAAGCAACAGCUCAUUCCACAGCAGCGAGGAGGAAGGGACUGACCUCGAGGGGGACAUGCUAGACUGCAGUGGGUCUCGCCCGCUCCUCAUGGAAUCUGAAGACGAGGAUGAGAGCUGCAAGCCUCUGCAGGGGAAGCUGGGAGGAGCCAUUCCGUUCGCUCAGCCAGAAGUCUCUACUGAGCCAGCAAAGGCAGUGCAAGGUGGAAAAAAGAACCAGUUUCAAGCCCCCACACAACCAACCACUGAUGGUGUUGGUGAGCCAGAUGUUUUUGCCACAGCCCCCUUUAAGAGCUCAAGGAUUCCAACGGACGAAAUGGACAUUUUCUCCAAAGCCCCUUUUGUCUCCAAGGGCAGUGUGGCUCCUUCCCAGCCAGAGGAGGCGGAUGUGUUCUUAAGAGCUCCUUUUACCAAGAAGAAAAGUAUGGAGGAGGUAACAGUUGCCCAGAGCGCCUCCCAGGAGUUGCCCACACAGGCCAGUCUUCUCAGUCAGACAGACGAGGUCGCUCAGCUCUCAGGCCUUGACAGAGCAGUGUACUCCUCUGUCCGACCUCAGUAUUCCAUGGCUGGUUUUGCCCCACAAUCCAACCUCCCUUCCCAUUCUGUACAAGCAGCAGACCAUCCUGACAGCAUCUCACCCAGGGGAGCCUCCCUGGAAUCUGGGAGCCAUCUUAAUGACAGAAACAAAGGACUUCAGCCUCAGAAAGAAGCUGCCUCGGGCCCCAUGGCUGGCAAAUCAUUCCGCCCCCAGUCUUUAUCCAAAUAUUCCCGUCACUAUAGCCCAGAAGAUGAGCCAAGUCCCGAAGCCCAGCCCAUUGCUGCCUACAAAAUUGUUUCGCAAACCAACAGGCAGUCCAUAGCUGGCUCUGUUUCCAUCACAUCCCUUCCUUCCAGGACUACGGAGCUGCCAGCUGCUGAUCCUUUUGCUUUAGCACCCUUUCCUUCAAAAUCAGGCAAGCAGAAACCUUAGGAGCAAUACUUGAGCCUUAGGCCUCUUGUGUCUGCCCCACCUUCAGUAACCCACCACAUCACUCCCAGCUGAGCCUUCCUAAGAAGAAAUAUAUCAAUUAUGAUCUUUCAGUUCCCUGGGUCAGAGGCGGAUAUCAGUCAACAAACUCAGUUGCAGUGAUACUUAGUCAAAACCCCUUUGAGUAUGCUCAUUUCUUUUGUUUAUAUUGAUUUCUGGACUUUCAGGCUUUUCCAUCUCCAACUCUACCCAGAACUCUGCUUUCUUCCCUCCUCCCCCGAAACUGGGAUUUUUUUGUUUGUUUGUUUCUUUAAAAUAUAUUUUUUAUUGAGUUCAGAAAGGGAGAGAGAGAUAGAAACAUCAAUCAUUGACCGCUGCCUCUUGCGCAACCUGCGCAUAUGCCCUUGACCGGAAUCAAACCUGGGACCCUUCAGUUUGCAAGCCAAAGCUCUAUCCACAGAGCCCUCCUGGCUAGGGCCCCAGAAUCCGUUUAAAUCCAGAAAUAAUUUACCCAACCCCAAAAGGGCCAUGUUAUUGCUAGUUUUAAUUCCUGCAGUCCUGUUCUGAGUCAUGUCCAUUGAAGAAUUGAGAUUAGUCCCUCCAGGACAUAAUACCCUUGAAAAGGGGAUAUUUCUGGGAAGAAAUGCAAGAUAAAAAUCCUGCACCUCAAGAGGAAGUGUAAGCCUGCAGAUAUAAUCAUUCCUGUAAAGCCAGCAGCCCUAGGAUUCUCUGCAUCUGUUUCUGAGUCUGUGCCAGCCUGGCUGGCCCUUGCACAUGUGUGUCUGUGGGUAUUAACACGUGUCAGAUCUUUUCCUAUGUAGAAAUGCAAACGGAUGAGAUAUCUGAGCUCAUUUCUCAUAGUGUUGAGCCUUCCCUACAUCCUCGCUGCUUUGUAAAUCAGUACGAGUGCACAGGUGUGUGUGUGUGCGCAUGUGUGUGCACAUUUGUACAUGAGCAUAGGAAGCAUUUUUUCUUUAAGAUAAUCUUGCCCCACAAUCCUACCUCCACAAUCAUUUACUAGCAUUGGUCUCCUACACUAACUGAUAUUUUUAUUUAGUUCUUUUCUCGUAAAAUUUAUUUCAUUGGACAGUAUAAGAAAAUCGUGCUGAAACAGGUUUCAGAGUAGAUUUCUUUUUCUUCACAAUUUUUUAUUUGUGAUUAACAAAUUCCAUUUACCUGGUCAUGAAAAAUUAAUUAUUUUUCUACAUUUCCCCCUCAGGACAAUAGAAAAGAGCACCUUGCUACAGUUUCAGUCACUGGGUAUGUGAUCUUAAAAAGUAUUUCACAAACCUUAGGUCUGAGCACUGCAUGCUGUCAUUAUGGAAUUAAGUAAUCAUGAGACUAGGCUACAAACUAGAUUUGCUUGCUGGCUUGUUUGUUCCAAAUCCUUGCCAUUUUCCUCUACUGCCUCUUAAGGAGUGUAAAUCUAAGACUUGUAAGUAAGUGUAUUUGGGAGAAUGGAAAAGAGCUGAAUCUGUUAGCCAUGAAAACUUUUAUUCUCUCUUUAGAUGUUGAAGUAAGCCAGAUAGAUGACGGACUUGUGUUUUUGAAAUGUUUUCUCUUUCUGGAAAGAUCUGACUCAUUCCUAGCUGUUUUCAUACCCUUUAUUAUUAGUGCCUUAAGAUGAAAUUUAUGUCUCAAUGGUAAGGCUUCUGCUGAGGAAAUUCAACAUAAUGGGAAGAGUUGCUACACCAUGUUUCAAUGUGAAAGCUUCUUGUGACUUAUAGUAAAUGUUAGGGAUUUUUUUCCCCCCAUUAGCUGGAGAAAUUGGGGAAGUUGCUUACCAAACAAGAUUAAUGAUUUAAGAAUUCCUGGAAAUUCAUCCAAGAAUCAAGCCUGAAUUUGUCCAGUUCUAUUGCACUUGAUACGGUGUCAAGUUUUUAAAUUUAAAGUUCAUGGAUCUUGGCAGUAAAAUAGGAACAACUGCUUUUUAAGACUUCUUCUAGUUUUGUCUCCACCUAUUUUAGAUGACCAGGUUAAAGGAUAAAGUGAAAUAAUCGGCACUGGAUCAGAGCUACUAGCAAUGGUUUUUCCAGCUGAGGUUUCUUUGUGCCAGAAAUGAAUAUCUUUCACUUUGUUAGAUGUUAAAUGUUUAUUCUAAGGGUUUUCUUUCUCCCAGUGAUCAUUUCUGAUUUUCCUGUGUAACAGUGGAUGCAAAAUUAUCUUUCCAGUUGGAUGAAUUCGUUUUAGCUAAUGCAUAUGGAAUUUUGCACCCCAAACUCCUCCCCUUGAUAUUAUCAAUUAAAGCCUUCAAAGGCAAGAGGAUAGGAAUAUUCAGGAGAGUUUUCACCCCAAAUCAGAAACUCUUAGAAAGUAGACCAUUAUUCUAACUCACUCUUCCAAAUAUUCAGGCUUACCACCUCUCUAACAGCCCUGCAAAUGUUUUUCCUUUUUUUAAAAAAAUCACAUCCUCCUAAUCAAGUAGCCAUUUUAAUCCUCAAGAUAAAAUCAAUAAAAUCAUGGUGGUUUUUAUUAUGCACUUGAAUCCUUUGUCAACCAUGGGCUCGUAACCUGUUUUUCUUCUCACUGGAGACUUAUGAUGGUUAGAGACCCUAAAUACCUUUUUGAAUAGGACGUGAAUAAAAACACAUACAAAUUACUGUUGUAUUGUUACUGAUACAUGAAAAUUUUGUGACUGUGGGAUUAUAUUAAUUAUUAGCUUGCAGCUAGUGAAUUCUGCAGUCAUCUACUUUGGAUCAUAGACGGUAAAUACAUCCCUGAAAGGUAAAAUGUUCUUCCCAGAGGCCAUCCUGCAUCUGGAAAUCUGGAAAAUUUAGUUUAUAGAAAUCAGGAGUGCUCAGAGUGCUUUGAAUUAGUAGUAAAUGCAUGUUUCCAGCAACUACACUGCAAUAUGUUAAUAUUAAAGAGAAAAAGAAAAGGUGUAGUCAACAAAAUGCGGCACUUCUUAUUUUAGUUUGCUUCAUGUGUUCCUUGCCUUGCACACCUCAUAGGAAAUGCAGGAACUUGUGACCUUUCUUUCUUUUAGUGGAGCAUAUUGAGCCAGAAUAUAUUCAGAAUAAAGCAUUGAAUCACACCAUGCACUAAUUGACUAACAGGCACUGUUGAAAUAAUGAAUUAUCUUAUGUGUGGCGAAAAAUAGUUCACAUAUCUGUUUCUUGGGCUUACAGACAGCCCUGAGCUCCAAAAUCCUUAUUAGAUCAGGAAAUGGAAUGAACAAAAUGUGUGACAGGACCUAAGGGUAUCUAGGUCAGUAACUCUAUUUCAUUUGGGGCCCAUUCAUUGUUGAGUUGAAAAUUUCACGUGUGUAGAUUAGUAUGUGUUUAUAUUCCCAUAUUAGCUGAGUUUAAUUUGGUAACUAAGAUAUUUCUUUCUAAACUCCAGGAAAAAUACAGUAUUUUAUUGACCCAUUAUUUAAGUUUUAAAAUAUGUGUAUAUCAGUGUUUUCAACAUGUAUGUAUGAUAUUAAACAGACAUUUCACGGACUCAUAUCAGGUUUAUAUAAAAUAAGUGUAAUCACCAGAGUGGUUUGACAAGAGGAAUUCAAUCGUGCUGUAUUUGAUUCCAUAAAGAAAAGUCACCAUAGCCUAGAUCCUGUAAUAUGUAUAAUUAUGUCAAAUAGGAAACUUUACCAUAUAGGAAACUAGAGAAGGGUAGGAUCAAGCUCUUUUCACAGGAAGGAUAUGACUUAAAAUGGAGUCACUUUAAUAAAUGUUAUUCUCUGCUAUGUCUUUGGAAUUGAAAUUGGAGAACAUAUGCCAGUCAACUGUGGAAUGGCUGCUGACCACACAGAUGCAGUUUUUGAGAAAACUGCAGUUUCUGAAAAAUAUGGAACCCAGAUUACUUCGAUUAAAGGUACAUAGGAGAGCUGCUGAAAGGGACACACCUUCUAAGGAGGCAGGACCACCUUGUAAGCACCACAGCCACCCCUGAGUUCUGAUCCUUCAAUCUUGCCUGAUGGAGUAAACAUGAAGAUUUUAAAUGAAAUUAUGUAAUAUGAAUUCUUAGUGUUUCCAAUGCCUUUGUUAACUACUACUUGUAGUUUAUUUGUUCUUUUUUGUUUUGAACCACCAGGAUACUUGCAAACUUGUGACUUGUGAAGUUCACUUAAGGGGGAAUUUCAAAAUGCUUGAAAAUAAAAAGUAGUAUCAGGUUGGGAGUUGUUUUUGUGUUCUUUUGCUACAAAAUGAAUUUGCUAGGUUGAUGAGAACAACAAGCUGGCUCAGCUGAGAUGUGGGAAUUUACACUGGGCAUGUAUUGAUUCUCAGAAUGCCACCUUGCCCUCUGACUUCCUGGUCCUAUCUGCCUCGUUUGCAGCUUGUCUUUUAUUAGGAAACAGGCCUCCCACAUGUGGUGCCCAGGAUCUCAUCAUCAAAAUGCUGCCAGACAUGGCUUUGUCCUGCUCUUUCUUUACCCUGCAAGUCGUCCUGGCUCAUUUUCCUUGUUCCUAUUCCCACUUCAUUUCCUCACAUGACACCCCCCUAUUACAACCAUACCAAUAAGUGUUUAAGAGGUAUGAAUGAACAUUAUGUUAAUUUUUAUUUGCCUCCCUUUUUACUGUAAACAGUUUCUCCUUACAUUUCAGCCUAGCCUGUGAUAAUCUCACCACACUGGAGUAAUUCACAAAAUAAGAAAGAAAUGGCUCACCUUCCUCAUUUCUUAUGGACUAGAAAAGAGGAUAAAGGAAGGUUGGCAGGACCCCAGCCUUCCUCUGUGGAAACAACCAAAAAGUAUCUAUUCACCUUGAUCUAACACAGGUCCCAGAGUGCCCUAGAAUGCAGGGGCAAGUUUACCAACCCACUGGUGGCCUAGUCCAGUAUUCCCAUAACUUAUAAUUACAUAAGAAAUUUAGUCUGAGCUACUUCACAGCAAUCUCAAUAUGUGUUGAGUUUAUACUAACAAUGUUUUGUUCUUGAAAUCUAGUCAAUGUUAUCUGUAUUGCAUUGUAAUAUACCAGUAUAUGCAUGUUAAAGGAAUCUGUUUGAUUCCUUUGGGUAAGGAAUUACAGAAAUGGUUUUUACCAAUGUCAGUUAAAGUGAGCCUUUGAGAGUGAAAGAAGAUGUAGCCUCUUCACUCUGAAACGACAAGUCAGGUGUAUUCUCCGAGUCUACCAAAGACUCCUAUUUGGGAAAUGUGAAUAUAACGUGUGUAUAUAUGCGCACGCGAGUGUGUGUGUGUGUGUGUGUGUGUGUGUGUGUGUGUCUGUGUGUUUAUCCCAUGUUUUCUGCCAUGGUGUUAAGACCUCCUAAUAAAGGCAUCCAAAGAAUACCAAGAGGUGACAGUGGAUAUUUGGCAUGAGUAAAUUUGGUUCCAUUUGCCAACAGCUCUCUGACUCUUAAUAGGAAACAGUCCUCCCAUGUGUGAUGCCCAGGAUCCCAUCAUCAAUACGCUACCAGACAUAGCUUUUCCCUGCUCCAAAUUGGGGGAAAUAACAGUAAUAUUUGAACUUUAAUGAGCUUUGCAUCGAUGAUUCAGGGACAAUUGGUGAUGGGCUGAGUUCACAGAGAUGAUGUUCAAAGAAGAUCCAGGCAUCCAAAAAGUUCUGAGUAAGAACUAAAGUUGUUCUACAUAAGGCUGGGAAAAAGCAGCCAUUGCCUGAGCUUCAUUUCCACAAUAAGCAUGUUCUCAUCCACGAGAAUGAAACUUAGUUUUGUCCUAAAUUCUUGGCUCACGUAUAGUGUUGGGAGGAAAACUGACCAGAACACUACCAGGCCUGCAAGAUAUUACUUUGAAAGAGGAAAUGUUUCAGGUCAUUUUUUAGGAACUGGAAACCAAAACAGGCCAUGGACCAUGCUCAUUCCAUGGGGAAGAGGUGCACUUCCUCUGCUGGCUGUAUUUUAAAUUGACUGAAUGAGGAGGGUGACCCAGCUGAAAGGGGUAUUGAGGCCAUCAGAUCUCAGAAAACAAUAUGUGCAUGCAAUCUCGAGGCUGUGAACAUGAAAAAGGAAGGGGAAAGACAAUUUUAAAGUCAAUCUUUGUUUUUGCAAUACCUCUUAUUUGCAGACUAUUGGAUUAUGUUAUUGCACUCUUUGUGUGAUCUAUCUUAUGUAUCUGAUAGUUUUUAUGAAUAAUUGAGUUGUAAACUCCUAUAUACUUUAUUAAAGUGAACCUAAUUAAAAUAAA